GUUGGUGGAGAAAAGCAUGUUCUAAGACGUGGGAUUGCUUCAUACUAAAAUUGAAAGAGUUCUUCAAGAAGUGUAUUUCUCCUCUUCCUUCAACAGCCAUCCAUAAGACCAGGUUAAUUUGAGUGAAAGCUGCUGUAAUAUUUCAUCCUCUUCAGGAGUUGAUUUAGCCCAGAUUUGCUUUUUAUUGCCCAGAUGCCACUUUUAUCUCGGUCCUGCCUCAGCCUUUUCCGGGGGAUCAUCCAUUCCGCCAGUUCCUGAUUUUCAGGAAAUUCUUGGAUAGAUUGCGUUCUUUGUCAUCCCACAUUUUUCCGUCAAUAAGUACUAUAUAAGUAGCAGGUUUUGUGUUUAGCUUCUGUACAAUACCCAACUUAGACACUUGAGUAGCAAACAAAGAAAAUGGCUUCAUUUCAACAGGCUUUUUCGUCCGUGGUAUUAGUAGUACUAGCAGUGGCAAUUUUAUUCGUUACACCGACAUUUUCCACUUCAAGAAAUGCAAUUAUGAAGGAUGAAAAAGUGCAGAAGGCAACAGGAUUUCAGGUAACUCUCAAACAUGUCGAUUCAGGAAGUAAUCUGACAAAAUUUGAGCUCUUGCAGCGUGCAAUGAAGCGUGGACGACAAAGGUUGAACAGGCUUAGUGCUAUGGCAUUAGCUGAAUCAGAUCAUGAUGUCAAAUCUUCAGUUCAUCCUGGAAAUGGAGAGUUUCUCAUGCAGUUGUCCAUGGGGACGCCAUCAACUGCUUAUUCAGCCAUAAUGGACACUGGAAGUGACCUGAUUUGGACUCAAUGCAAGCCUUGCCAGCAGUGUUUUGAUCAAUCUACACCAAUCUUUGAUCCCAGGAAGUCAUCUUCAUUUUCCACACUUUCAUGCUCUAGCAGCCUGUGUGAAGCAUUGCCAAUGUCCUCUUGUGGUACUGAUGGAUGCGAGUAUCUCUACACUUAUGGGGAUUAUUCCACCACCCAAGGAGUUAUGGCUGCUGAAACCUUUACAUUUGGUGAAGUUUCUGUCCCAAAAGUUGCAUUUGGCUGCGGUGAAGAUAAUGAAGGUAGCGGAUUCGGCCAAGGAGCUGGUCUGGUGGGAUUAGGCCGCGGUCCAUUAUCGCUUGUAUCUCAACUUGAUGAACCAAAGUUCUCCUAUUGCCUAACUUCCAUUGAUGAUAGCAGCACUAGCACUCUUCUAAUGGGAUCUUUGGCUAAUGCCAACAACUCGGACACGGCAAGUAGAACCACGCCUUUAGUGGUAAAUCCAUCACAACCAUCAUUUUACUAUCUUUCCCUUGAAGGGAUUACAGUUGGUGGCACUCGCUUACCUAUCAAGAAAUCUACUUUUGCACUCAAUAGCGAUGGAAGUGGAGGCAUUAUCAUUGACUCCGGGACUACACUCACUUAUUUGGAGAAAAGUGCGUUUGAUCUAGUCAAGAAAGAGUUCACUUCUCAGAUGAAACUUCCAGUGGACAAAUCAGGCACAUCAGGGCUUGACCUUUGUUUCACAUUGCCAUCAGAUGCAAGUGACAUUGAAGUUCCAAAGUUGGUUUUCCAUUUCAAGGGUGCAGAUGUGGAUUUACCAGGUGAAAAUUACAUGAUUGCCGAUUCAAGCGUGGGUCUAGCAUGCUUGGCAAUGGGAAGUUCAAGUGGAAUGUCAAUUUUUGGCAAUGUUCAGCAGCAAAACUACUUAUUGCUUCAUGAUCUCCAGAAGGAGACUUUGUCAUUCAUCCCAACAAAGUGCAAUCAAUUGUGAACAGCUCUUUGCAAUUUAUUGGUGUCCUCCUCAAUAUACUUGCAUUUGCUGCUUGUGUGGCCAAAUUAAUGACUUUACCUUGAUGACCUUGUAGUUUCUGAUCAGCUCAAUGAAAUUACAAAGUUGAAUUUUCUUUUAA